AUGGAGGUGGUGUUGCUCGACGACAGAAUUGCUGUUUUUGUCCUCCUGCCGAUUUUCCUGGCCGUCACGCUCGUCUCGGUUUUGCGGCAAAGCCUCGUCGCCUCCAACCGGACUCCGCGAUCUCCGGACCUUCAGCGCAUGCAGAUCAACUCUCUGUUGCAGCGUUCGAGCCUUCUUCGCGGUCCAAAGGGUCGGAUGUUGUCGCCUGCGAGCUUCCAGGGGAGAGUCGCGUUUUUCACAGAUCGCGAACAUGGUGCCUUCGGCGGUCUUCUUCGCGAGCUGGAGGCGCAGAACAACCCGAUGAAGUCCCUCGAGUCUCUAGCCAAGCAAGAUCCAAGUCAAACGAUGGGCAUGCUCAAGAGCCAGAUGUCCUUCAUCUUCCUUCAGGGCGGGAUGGCCUACUUCAUCAAUUACCUCUUCCCCGAUUUCCUCGUUGCCAAAAUGCCCUUUCCGCUCACGUUUAGAUUUAAAUCGAUGCUUCAACGUGGCAUCGAUCUGCCCUCCCUCGACGUCACCUACGUUUCUUCGCUUUCUUGGUACUUUUUGAUUAUGCUCAGCAACGCGGGGCUUUUGUUUCUCUUCACGGCUCUGUGGGGCAGCCAGCGCGAGCAGCUGCAGCCUCUCGCUGAGGCCCGAGCGGAAGAACAGUCUGGAGUCCAAACUCUCAUGAUGAUGGAUGCUGCCAUGCCGCCGAUGAUGAUGCCUGGCAUCGGUGGCCCAGACCCGAAGAAGCAGCUGACGCAGGAGCGCGAGGCUCUCGAGACGGCAACGCAUGCGUUCGCUCUCGAAGGCGUAGAAAAACAGCUACUCGAGAAAUUCCAGCAGGACGUUCAUCUCGGAAGUCUGGACCGGCCGACCUGAGGCGCCUUAUGCUAAAGAAACUAUUGAGGAAGGCUUUUCUGUGUCCCCAGGUUCUCUCGCAUUUCUACUCGUCACCUGAGUUCUCUGCUUUUCGAUUUUUCCUGCCUUCUUUGUUCUCUG